UAUUGCUGUUCCAUGAAGGCAGGCCUAGUUGUGUUACUGUUCUUUCAUGCGUUUGUGUUCCAGAUCUACGAGAUCUUACCACCCACCGCCAAGCAAGUACACGGCUUCUGGUGGUGUGUGUUAUAAAGACAAUGGCCCGAAAACACAACGGACACUACCUCCUCCUCAGAGCUCAGAGAGACAGCACAUACAGACUAUACACAUUCCUAAAGCUUUGGUAGCUGCCCCAUUUCUGCAGCACCCAGCGCUUACACCUGGACAGAAACGCUACCUGUACAGCAUUGCCAAAGUCUACAGCACAGAACACAUCCGAAGAGUGAUGCAGCAGCACUACCUGAAUGUGCUGCACAGGUGCAUUGACACAGGUCACCACCCCUUAAGUGAAAUCAGGAAUGAAGAUGUGAAUCUGCAUCUCACAGGGAAGCAAAGGAUGGAUUCGGGCAGAUCGACAGACUCAAAGCACAGUGCAGAUGGGAGCUUAGGUGCAGUGCAUUCUGGGAAGAUCAUCCUGCCCAAAAUUAGUAAUAAACAGACCAGCAAAGCAUCGAGUACUUCAGCCUCAAAUGAAAGGAAAUCCAGAAAACGGAGGACAAAUGUUUCAAUGGCACAAAGCAGAUCUGUCAGAGGCAAGGUUCAAUUUGAACAUAUUUCUUUACAAAACAGAGAUGACCGUUAA